GGGUUUGUGAUGAGGAACUGUGUUUAGCACGCAUCAGGUAAAACAAGUUGCAAAUGAACUGUCAAAGCGAUUUUACCACUGACGCCUGAUCGAGGAGACGCGCCAUCGAGUUUGUAAAUACAGCUCUCAGGGGUCGUUCAGGGUUGUGGUGUUUUUGUUCUUGUUCACAGAUGUGGAGACCGUCACACUGUUGCUUGAUUCUGGCUCUGUGGGCUUGUUUGGAUGCAUUGCCAGUUGCUGUGGAUAAAACCAAAGUGAGUCCUCCAGCAGAGUCACAGGAUCCGCCUGAAAAUGCAGACACCGGCUUGCACUAUGAUCGAUAUCUCAGAGAGGUUAUCGAUUUCCUGGAAAAGGACCCGCAUUUCAGAGAGAAACUUCAUAACACCGACAUGGAAGACAUCAAGCAAGGAAAGCUGGCGAAAGAGUUGGACUUUGUCAGCCAUAAUGUGCGAACAAAACUUGAUGAGCUGAAGAGGCAAGAAGUGAACAGACUGCGCACCUUAAUCAAAGCCAAACAAGACCUAAAUGGAGAAAAAGGUAUGACGAUGGACCACCAAGCACUUCUGAAACAGUUUGAGCAUCUGAAUCACAUGAAUCCACACACAUUUGAGGUGGAGGAUUUGGAUCGCCUCAUUAAAUCGGCCACUAAUGAUCUGGAGAACUUUGACAAGGAAAGGCAUGAAGAGUUCAAGAGGUAUGAGAUGAUGAAGGAACAUGAACGGAGGGAACAUCUUAAAACGCUGGAUGAGGAAGGGCGCAAAAAAGAAGAGGAACAUUACGAAGAGAUGAAGAAGAAACAUGCAGACCAUCCCAAACUCAAUCAUCCUGGCAGUCAAGACCAGCUAAAGGAGGUCUGGGAGGAAUCCGAUGGUUUGGAUCCCAAUGAUUUUGAUCCAAAGACAUUCUUCAACCUGCAUGACACUAAUGGUGAUGGAUAUUUCGAUGAGCAAGAGCUGGAAGCAUUGUUUACCAAAGAGCUGGAGAAGAUCUAUGACCCCGCACAAGAAGAGGAUGAUAUGGUGGAGAUGGAGGAGGAGAGACUAAGGAUGAGAGAGCAUGUGAUGAAUGAGGUUGACACUAACAAAGACAGGCUUGUUUCACUUGAGGAAUUUAUUACUGCCACGAACAAGAAGGAAUUUCUAGAGCCAGAUGAAUGGGAGACUCUAGAUCAGAAUCCGGUCUACACUGAAGAAGAGCUGAGAGAGUUUGAGCAGCAUCUCGCUCAAGAAGAACAAGACCUGAACCUGAGGACAAAUGACCUGCAGAAGCAGAGAGAGGAGCUGGAGAGACAACAGGAUCAGCUCAACGCCCAGAAGAUGGAGCUACAGCAGGCAGUACAGCACAUGGAGAGACUGAAAGCACAGAAAACAGAGCCUCCAGUGCAGCCCAAAGCUCUGUCCGCUAUGGAGAUUUUACCUGGUGAUGCUCAGCAGUUGUCACGGGACCUUCCUGCACAUUCUUAGCAGCUCAAGCUCUCCUGAAUGUCUGUAAUGUGUUUGUCUGCUGUAUGUAGAGUUAAAUAUUUCCAUCCUCACGUUCAAUUUACUGUCUCAUAGGAAACACAUUGAUAUCAAACACAAAGCAAUAUUCAACCUUGAAUAUUGAAACGUGAUAAGUUAACAGAAUUAUGUGUGGACAAUCUCACUUUUGACUAUAUUGAUGUUUGUGAGGAUGGGGAUUGUACUUGAAUCUUGUGCUCAAAGAAAGUUGAUUGUAUUUUAUUGUUUAA